AUGUCCGAGGGCGGCGUGCGUGGUUAUGUGUCCGAGAUUGUGCCGCCUACGCGCCGUGCUCUGUUCACAACCCUGUUGAACUUUAUGGUGUACCUAUGCCAGGUGCUGGCGCUGGCCGUGGCGCCGUCGCUGCACUGGCAGGUGCUGUUCAUCGUGGCAGGCGUGGUGCCUGCCGCACUUUGUCUCUUCGGUCUCCUCUUCCUGCCCAACUCGGCCAAGUGGCUGCUCUCGCGCGGCCACUCGGAGGAGGAAGCCUUGCGGUCCAUCCGGUUUUUCCGUGGCGCGCAGGUGGACGCCGCUGCCGAGGUGCGCACGAUCCACGAUUCACUGCAAGACGGGCGUGGAGACGGCGCCGCACUGCCCGUGUGGACCCUACUGCGGGAGCGGUUCACGCUGCACCCGCUGCUGCUGGCCUCCGUCCAGAUGGUGUUAUACGUCUGGUGCGGCGGCGCCACGCCGACGCUCAUCACCGCCUUCGUGCUGGCGCCUGUGCGGCUACCGCUAAGCGAGUACCAGCGAGCCACACUCCCGGCCGCGCUCGUCUGCGUCCCCGGCGGUAUCAUUAUAGAGAGAUACGGCCGGCUUCCGGUGCUGUGUCUGGGCGGCGCGCUCUCCACCGUCGGCUGCUGCGCCAUGAUCGCCGCGUACUUCUUUCUCGCAGCGGAGUCGCAGGAGCGUCUCGGCUGGAUUGUGCUGGCGGGCGGCGGCCCUGGCGGCGGUGGCCUAU